AUGGUAUUUGAGAAACACAGAGGGAGUGUUUGUCUCACAACAGAUACUUGGACUUCAAUUCAGAACAUCAACUAUAUGUGCUUAACAGCGCAUUACGUGGAUGAGAGCUGGAAUCUGAAGAAGAAGAUUAUAAAUUUCUGCCAGAUUUUUAGUCACAAAGGCGAGUUAAUUGGAAAAAUGGUUGAGAGGUGCUUGUUGUCUUGGGGAAUCACCAACGUUUUCACAAUUACAGUAGACAAUGCAAGUGCAAAUGAUGUAGGAAUCAGAUUCUUGAAAAGAAGACUUAGGACAUGGGGUAUUAGUCUUCUUGAUGGUGAACAUCUUCACAUGAGAUGUGGUGCACACAUUCUGAAUCUCGUUGUCAGAGAUGGAUUGGAUGAGAAUAAAGCCACCAUUAGCCGAAUCAGAGCUGCUGUUUGA